UAUAAAACGACGAGUAAACAAGCCAUGUCUCUCCGCGCAUCUGUCAACUUCCUCGGCGCUGUCCGCUCUGCUGCCGCUUCCUCUUCCUCCUUCCGCAUCGCCGCUGCCCAGAGGUUCUACUCGUCCUUGGGAGAGGCUAACAUCGAGUCAAGAGUUCUCGACUGCAUCAAGAGCUUCGACAAGAUCAACCAGGACAAGAUCUCCAACACUGCUUCUUUCGAGGACCUUGGGUUGGACUCUCUUGAUGUUGUUGAGGUUGUGUUGGCUAUUGAGGAGGAGUUCUCUGUUGAGAUCCCAGACAAGGUUGCCGACGGCAUGAAGACCGUGAAGGAUGCCAUUGACUACCUCAAGACUGCUGAGGCUAAGUAAGUUGGUUGCUCGGUUGGAGAAUGAUCAAACAGAGAAACAGGUUGUGUACGUGUAUUGGAGAGAAUUGAGAAGAGAGAACGGUCACGGAGUACGAACGGAUCCGUAUAUCGAUAU